AUGGUAAAUAUGUUUAUUUACGACUAUUCUGAUGCUGAUGACGAUGAUGAUGAUGAUGAUGAUGAUGAUAAAGAAGAUACAAUGAGUACAGGAUCAGAAUAUACAGCCGAAUUGGAAGAAGAUUUUCGUAAUGCUGGCUGCAUUCCCAAUAAUUUAAAUGAUGACGAAAAGUCUGAAUUUUGGAAGAAAGUCACAGAGUUUCAUAAAGAUGUUAAUCAAAAACUUUUAAAAAGAAAAACCUUCGUUUUAAGAGCACAACCGCACGACGGCAAUGCCAUAAAAGUUAAUUUGUGGAAUAUAUUUAAGAUUCCCAUGGUUGUGAUAUGCAAUAGAACGAAUGAUUUAUCAAAUUUAUCAACUACAACUACAACUGCAACUCCAACUCCAGAUAAUGAUGAACCUGAUAUCAAUUCGACUCAAAUUACUGAAUUUGACUCGACUACAAGUGCAAGUUCAAUUUUAGGACAAACUGCUGAAAACAAAUCGAUGUGUGACAAUAAUACCGAAAUUGCCCAUUGGAUAGAUAAACAAGUUGAAAGUUCUGAAAAGAUCGCAAAUGUUAAUGAAAGAAUGUCAAGGAUUAUAGAAACUAUCGAAAAGCAUAUGCAUAAGAGCUGCUGCCCAUACAAUCCAGUUAUGGAUCGUAUAGAAAUGAUCCAUGAUUUUAUCGAUAUGAUAAUGCAAAUUAGAAAUAUUGAAUCACCCAUCGCAAGAGCCGAUUCAUCGGGCUAUAUGUGGUUGGAUUUUAAUAAUUUAAAUGCACGUUUCGAUUAUUUAAAUGAACAAUUAUCUGAUAAUCAACAUCCAUACAAUUGUUGUCGUCCCAAAUGGGAUGAGAAUGUCAAGAACUUGGAGAAUUCAUUUCUAUCCCAAAGUGAUGCUAUUAAAACACUCACAUUAGAUGAGUUUUCAAACAAUUCUUUGGAGCAAUUACAAACGGAAAUUGGCGAGCAGCAGAAACGUCUAAAAAAUGCAGAAAAUUCGCAUAUAUUGUCCAAGUCUCUGGCAGAUGAAUGUUGUAAAAAUAUCAAUCUAGGCAUUAAUGAUGCAGAAAAUAUGAUUAAUAAACUAAAACCAAACGAUCAUUUAGGACAGUUAGACGAUUUAUUCCAAAAGUUGUUGAAUAACAUCCAAAAUAUCAACGAAUCCAUGUCAUCUCUUAAUUUAUUAAUUCAAAAUGAAGAAAAUGCUUUACAAAACAUGUCGCUGGUGUGUACACGAGCAUGUGCAAAAGAGCAAUAUAACAACGAACUCGAGACAAAAGUAAAUAAUUUAUUUGAAUAUAUGGAAAUACUAAAAUCAAAUAUCUCAACCCUAAAUGCAACCAUUAAGCAGACCAAUUUUAUGUGGAAUGAUACUAAAGGCUUGUUAUUACCUUUUCAUAAGUUGAAACAAAUCAAAAGCAACAACACAAACAUAAUCGAAAAGUGCCUAAAAGAUAUAGAAAAAGUAUCCACAUCCUUUGAAGAACUAUACCAAUUCUAUCAAUCCAAUUUAAAAAUUUAUGACAAUAUCAAAAUUGUGAUCGAAAAUAAAUUAGUUGACAUAGAUUCGAAUUAUCAGACAUUUGAGAAAUUUGAAGAGCAGAAGGCGGCCGAUGCAGUGCAUUCUAAGGAGUUGGGGACACUUUUAAACCAACUCAAAAACGAUUUUCAAUUUCUCAUUUGGCCCGAUAUAAAAAAAAGCUCAGAGCAAAGUAAAUCGUCAUUAAUUUAUAUACAAGGCAUUAAUAGCAAACAUAUAAAUGAGUUGGCCACAAAUACUGGACCAAUAGAUUUCUCUAGAAAUCUAGAUAGAGUGAAUGACCGUAUUGACCAAAUAGAAAAUGAUAUAAACCAUACCAAAAGCAAUAAUCCUAAUGUAACACUUGAAAGUUUAAACAAUAAACUGAACAAUUUGGAAAAUCUAUCUACAUCAACUGAAAAUAAAAUUAUGGAACAAAUUCAAAGUUUAGAGACUGUGUUAAAAGACGUAAGGGACAAGGUCUAUAAACUUUCAGAAGAGUCAAUAAUUUGUGAAGAUGACUGUGAUUGGGGUCUUUUGCCCACAGCAGAAAGUUUGUCGGCAAGAAUCGAGAAAAUAAAAGUUAUUUUCAAAUCUCAGAAGCCCACACCAAAAACAAAAACAAAAACAAGAAUAAUUGGAAAUAGGCCAAAAAAACGAAAACCAAAAAAGGUUUAUGUUGGGUAA